ACAACAUUCCAUCGACAUCGCAAAUUACACCGCAUACGAUCAUCAGAUCUUCUAACCAAGUCGACUACGCACUAUUCAACUUCGACUGGACUCAUUCACUUUCCUAAAAUCAAGCUACUAUUGUCACAAAGCAUAAUGGCAGGGAUCCCAGGACUGGACCGCCGCGCAAUGGAAGCCGAGCGGUUGGCUAGACAAAUGGCAAGACAGCCACCGCAGGACUCUGAGCCCGCGUUUCGGAUUCUGAAGGGAGCCGGAUCCUCGAAGAGGCAAAGGUCGGUGUCGCCAUCUGCUGUGUCGAGAGAGAUCAAGAGGCUCAAGUGGUCCUCUCCAAAAGCAACCGGGAUUCAACAAUCUCAACGGCCCUUGGAAACCCGGAUUCGAUAUCCUCGUGGCACCAUCAAACAAACAUGGGCAUGCGGUCAUGCUCGCACGGACAACGACAUCAAGAUUGAGGAGGUUCUGGAGAAGUCUACACUGAAGACAGCGUUACUAUCGGCUUUCAUGUGGGAUACCAAUUGGAUCAUGGGAAAGCUCGACUUGCAACACACCAAAGUCAUCAUGGUCAUGCAAGCGGAGACUGAGGCCAUCAAGCAGCAGUACCACCAAGAGACGGCCUAUCUGGGGAAAAUCCUACGCCUCUGCUUUCCAUCAAUGGAAGGCAACGUCAACUGCAUGCAUUCAAAAUUGAUGCUGCUGUUCCAUCCGCACAAGCUGAGAGUUGUGAUACCUUCGGCGAAUCUUACCAGCUAUGACUGGGGCGAGACUGGCAUUAUGGAGAACUCUGUCUUCAUCAUCGAUUUGCCUCGACUGGAGACGCCAUCAUCCGACACGACUACCAUGCCUCGAUUCGGCCAAGAGUUGUUAUUUUUCCUGGAGAAGAUGGAUGUGGAUGAAGAUGUCCGCCAAGGUGUUGCAAGAUUCAACUUUUCCAACACCGGCCAUCUCGCCUUCGUCCACUCUAUCGGCGGCGGUCAAUACGGUUCAGACAUGGAAAGGACAGGCUACGUCGGUCUUAGCAAAGCCAUCCGCGAGCUCAACCCAGAUUCAAAGUCAUCCCUCCGCUCCACAUCGAAUCUGCAGAUCGACUACGCAGCCUCCUCGAUAGGCUCAAUCCAUGACGAGUUCCUAACAAUCCUUCACAACGCCGCAAGAGGCGAAGACGCUACUGCCACACCUAUAUCAAUCUCACGCACCGCUCCGAAACCAUUCCAAAGAACAAGCCCUACAUCGAACAUCCGCGACUCAAUCCGUAUCUACUUUCCCACCCACAACACCGUCGAAUACAGCACAGGCGGCACAGACAACGGCGGCACCAUCUGUCUGCAGAAGAAAUGGUGGACAGGCGAUAAGUUCCCUCGCUCCUGUUUUCGGGACUAUCGUUCCAAACGUAACGGCAUGCUAUCACACAACAAAAUCUUGUAUGCCCGAGGCGUCAAUGCGGAAGGAAAGAAGGUGGCUUGGCAGUACGUCGGCAGUGCUAACUUGAGCGAAAGUGCUUGGGGAAAGUUGAGUUGGGAUCGCAAGCAGAAAGAAUGGAAGAUCGGCUGCAGGAAUUGGGAAUGCGGUGUCAUCGUUCCUGUCAUGGAAGGGGAGAAGCUAGGUCGGAAGCUGGGUAGAUCUGAAGUUGUGGUUUUGAGCGAUGAUGAAGAGGAUGCCGAGAAGGAUAGUGGAGAUGCGGAGACGGAUGGUGAGGAUGAAGGCGAUAAGAAAGCCGUGGAAAAGACGAGUAUCCCCAGCAUGGACGUCUUCAAUUCUGGUUCCGACGCUGGUGUGCCAUUCGAAUACCCAGGCACUGAGUACAAGGAGGAAGAGCCAUGGUUCUUCAUGGGAUGAAGAAGCAAGCGAAGAGCAAGCGAAGGACGGCCGCCGAAGCAGACAGAUAUUCUUUCCAUGCACAGCAAAUUAGCGAUAGCAUUCCAACAAAGCAGAGAUCAAAUAAUCAGAACCCAGAAUCAC